UAGAGAUUGGGUUCUUUCCACAGCAAAUGGCAAACAAAUGCUACAAAGACCAUCUCCUUUUGCGGUAGAUACUUGCUGGACGAAGGCGGAUUUAUUCAUCAUACGAUGAAAACAGAUAAAACUACCGCGACCCAAACCAGCGCCCCCCGCACCGAACCAGCCAUGUCGCCCCCUUCCUGUCAACCCAAACGGCCCUCAAGGCUAGAGCGAGUUCAAGUCAAGCUCUAUACGCUCCUGGGGAUCCCAGAACUAACACCCGUCCGGGUCUUGUUCUUUUGGGCCAUUUUACUAGCGUUUGCACUGUGGCAGUUCUUUGUGACCCUUCACUACUUAGAAAUAUGUAAGCUCCUCUGUGAAAAGGAAAUACCGCUGCGCAAAUUAAUUUGGAAGUUUUGUCUGGCAAUCCUGAUGUUUCAGGCUCAGUUUUACGUGGUGAUUAAGCUCAUUGAGCAAUGGAAAAGAAACUACUACAAAGGUUGGACAAAGGAAGAAAGUCGAGCACUUAGAGAGGAAGGUUCCCGUGCUCGGGACAUGAGGGUAAAAAGAGCGAAGAAUUUAAAGGACAAUCCAGUGUUAACCUUUCAACUCGAUGAAGUCAUUCGGCGCUACGCCUGGCAGAUGAUGUUGAAGGACUGUGGCGAAGACGAGCGAUUCGAACUGGAGGUACAAGAGCUCGACUUCACCUGUGAGUUUGACUGGGCGGUGCUGGACAUCGAGCACAAGGUCACCAAGUUCUCUCCCAAGGUGAAGGACGGAUCUGUGAUGGAAACCCACCGGGGUGAGGUAGAAAAAGGUAAAAAAUGGAUGAUGCUUUGGGAAAGUUACUAUGACAACCAAGCUGACCGUAAACAAAGUUACGCUUUUAAGGGAUCACAUGAUACGACCACGUGGGUGGGCGUGGACCUAAAACAAUGUUACACGGUCAAGAAACAGGUGUGUGUCAAGUUAAAUCUCCCUCAAUGUUUACAAGUCGGCAUAGACAAUACCCUCAAUCUAACCAAGGUCAAAGGUGAAGUGUUCCAAAAGGCUCACACAUGGGAGAUCAACUCGCAGGUUGAAGUGGAGCCAUCGUCUCGAGCCCAUGCUCAGCUGUCAGCGAGACAAGAGUGCUCUGUAUAUGAGUUUGAGAUUCGAACCACUUUGUCUGCCCGGAAAGGAGUCCUCCCAGUAUUGUUUACUCCAAGCAAUGAUCGAGCGCUUCAAUAUGAGGUGAACAUUAAAGACCUACUGCAAGCGUUUAGGACAGUGGAAGAGGGCGGAGUUCUUACACCUGAAGAAAAAGCCUGCUUGGAGUUUAAGGAGGAGAAGUGGCUGGACAAAGAUGGCGUGGAGCACUCGACCACCUACCCCCAGAUCAUCACCAGGGGCACCUGUGUCUGUCUCAGCUGGACUGACCAGAGAGUGGACAUCAAUACCAGUCCAUUGUCAAUGGACGAGUCCACUUCUGAUGGGAACAGCAAGAUGAACUGAACGCCCGUGGGUCACACUGUAGGAAGAGCCAAGCGUCGGUUCAAUGUUUGUCUUCGAUUAGCCAGACAACAUUAGCAGCUGGUAUUGAUACAGAAUAUCCUCUAAACUUUACUCUACCCAUUAAAAGAAUUAACCUUCUUGAUCCUAAUUAAGCCAAACUCUUAGCAGAUAUUUACAUCAUUUAUAUCUCAGUAAUCUUACAAUAUUUUGUUGUUUUUUUUUCUCCUUUUUUCAAACGUUAGAAAUUUUUUUAAAAUUCAAGAAAAUUCGCAUGAUUUAAAGCAAGUUUUCAACAUCUACAUCAAGUGAAUAAUAACUUAACUAUUUAAAACACCAAAAUCUCCUUGCCCUUUUUGUUUUUUUGAAGAGGGUGAAAUCAGAACUAGGAACUAAAAUAUUUUAAACUAAUUUUUUUACAACUCCCUAUCAUAACAGAUAACUGAAGAAAAUAUGUCAUUUCUUAUAUUGUUAUCUUGUCUAUGGGAAUAGAUUAAAACAUUACAUUUUUCCCCAACAGUAUUGAUUACAUCAAAUUGAUCAUAAAUUGCUGAUUUUUUUUAAAAAUAACUUUAAAUUGAAAUUUUUAUUAAAUUACAUUUCUAUUUUUUUAUAAUUUUUAGAAAAAAGAUUAAAGAUGAGUUAAU